AAGCAAAAUUGUACUGACUUCCCUUCACUAAGAACAGAAGUCUUUCUGCAAAAAAAGGAGCAAUUUUGCCAAUCUCAUCUAUUAAAUUUGCAUUUAAAGCCUUUGUUUGCAAGCGCAGCUUAUAAUCUUGAACGCCGAGGACAGACAGAGCGAUAUUAGUCUCCUCCCGUACAAAAUUGGUUGCGCUCCCUAGAAAGUUAAAAAAGUAUGUUUUCGCAAAGAAAAAUGGCAAAGUAUGAAUUGAAUGAUGGGCAGGGCGUAAAGCCACCUCGCAACGAGAAGCCAAAUGAUACAGUGAAGAAUUCACCGGAAACGAACGCCCAAGGCAAAGACAACGAGGAUGUUCAGAUUGCAGAGGACACGCGUGCAGCCUUCAAGGGGGCUAGAGAACUGGCCAGCAUUAUCAAGGAUGUAGUAGAGCUGCUCGGCAAACCGAAGUACAAAUUACGCAAAUUCACAUUCGAGCUACGCAAGCCGAAGAAGAAAGUCAUCUCGCAUCUGAUUAAAUCCCGUGAAGCUCCCAAGCUUGACCUAUCCAACGUUAGGAUGUUGAUAAAGGGAUCUAACUGGAUAAUUUUAGAAAUGAUCUCUGAAUAAUCCAAGAAUUAAACAAAAACUGCUUUGAAGUUCGACCUAAAGCUAAUAAAUUUUGAUUCAAUAAGACCUUCAGUAUC